ACAGCAUGGUGCAAUUCCCACCUUCGGAAAGCCGGCACGCAGAUCGAGAACAUCGACGAAGACUUCCGCGAUGGUCUCAAACUGAUGCUGUUGCUGGAGGUCAUUUCAGGAGAACGGUUACCGAAGCCAGAAAGAGGGAAAAUGAGAGUACAUAAAAUCAACAACGUGAACAAAGCGCUGGAUUUCAUCGCAAGCAAAGGAGUCAAGUUGGUUUCCAUAGGGGCUGAAGAAAUUGUCGAUGGCAACGCCAAGAUGACCCUGGGUAUGAUUUGGACCAUCAUCCUCCGGUUUGCCAUCCAGGACAUUUCAGUGGAAGAGACUUCAGCCAAAGAAGGACUCUUGCUGUGGUGCCAAAGGAAGACGGCUCCUUACAAAAACGUCAACGUGCAAAAUUUUCACAUCAGUUGGAAAGACGGCCUGGCUUUUAACGCUUUGAUACACAGACACCGACCAGAACUCAUCGAAUAUGACAAGCUCAGAAAGGACGAUCCAGUCACGAAUCUGAACAACGCUUUUGAGGUCGCCGAGAAGUACCUUGACAUUCCCAAGAUGUUAGACGCAGAAGACAUUGUCAACACGGCCCGUCCCGAUGAGAAGGCUAUUAUGACCUAUGUCUCCAGCUUCUACCAUGCCUUCUCCGGGGCCCAGAAGGCCGAGACUGCUGCAAACAGGAUUUGCAAAGUGUUGGCCGUCAACCAAGAGAAUGAGCACCUGAUGGAAGAUUACGAGAAGCUGGCUUCUGACCUGCUGGAGUGGAUUCAGCGCACCAUCCCUUGGCUGGAGAACCGGGUUCCCCAGAAGACCAUGCAAGAGAUGCAGCAGAAGCUGGAGGACUUCCGGGACUACCGGCGGGUACACAAGCCCCCCAAGGUGCAGGAGAAGUGCCAGCUGGAGAUCAACUUCAACACCCUACAGACCAAACUGCGACUCAGCAACCGGCCGGCCUUCAUGCCCUCCGAAGGGAGAAUGGUCUCGGAUAUCAACAACGGCUGGCAGCACUUGGAACAGGCCGAGAAAGGCUUUGAAGAGUGGCAGCUGAACGAAAUCCGAAGGCUGGAGAGACUGGAUCACUUGGCUUUGAAGUUCCGGCAGAAGGCGUCGAUCCACGAGGCCUGGACCGAAGGAAAGGAGGCCAUGCUGAAGCAGAAGGACUACGAGACGGCCACGCUGUCCGACAUCAAGGCCCUGAUCAGGAAGCACGAGGCCUUUGAGAGCGACCUGGCAGCUCACCAAGACCGCGUGGAACAGAUCGCGGCCAUCGCUCAGGAGCUCAACGAGCUGGAUUAUUACGACUCCCCCAGUGUCAACGCCCGGUGCCAAAAGAUCUGUGAUCAGUGGGACUCUCUGGGAACUUUGACCCACACACGGAGGGAAGCGCUGGAGAAAACAGAGAAGCAGCUGGAGACCAUUGACCAGCUCCACCUGGAAUACGCCAAGCGAGCCGCGCCCUUCAACAACUGGAUGGAAAGUGCAAUGGAGGACCUCCAGGACAUGUUCAUUGUCCACACCAUAGAGGAGAUAGAGGGCUUGAUUGCUGCCCACGACCAGUUCAAAUCCACGUUGCCUGAUGCCGACCGAGAACGAGAAGCCAUCCUGGACAUCCAGAGCGAAGCGCAGAAGAUCGCAGACUACAACAACAUAAAACUCUCUGGGAACAAUCCCUACACUUCAGUCACGCCUCAGAUCAUCAACUCCAAGUGGGAAAGGGUCCAGCAGCUGGUACCCAAGAGGGACAGCGCCCUUCAGGAUGAGCAGAGCAAGCAACAGUCCAAUGAACGCUUGCGCCGGCAGUUCGCCAGUCAAGCCAACAUCGUGGGGCCCUGGAUCCAGACCAAGAUGGAGGAAAUCGGGCGCAUCUCCAUCGAGAUGAACGGCACCCUGGAGGACCAGCUGAACCACCUCAAGCAAUACGAGCUGAACAUUGUUGAGUACAAACCCAACAUCGACCUCUUGGAACAGCAGCACCAGCUCAUCCAGGAGGCUCUGAUCUUCGACAACAAGCACACUAACUACACCAUGGAGCACAUCCGGGUUGGAGGGGAACAGCUCCUCACUACCAUUGCCCGGACCAUCAACGAGGUGGAGAAUCAGAUCCUGACCCGAGAUGCCAAAGGGAUCAGCCAGGAGCAGAUGCAAGAAUUCCGGGCCUCCUUCAAUCACUUCGACAAGGACCACGGCGGCUCCCUGGGACCCGAAGAGUUCAAGGCCUGUCUCAUCAGCUUGGGAUACGAUGUGGAGAAUGACAGACAGGGCGAUGCAGAGUUCAACCGGAUCAUGAGUGUCGUGGACCCCAACAACAGCGGUGUGGUGACUUUCCAAGCCUUCAUCGACUUCAUGUCCCGGGAAACCACCGACACAGACACGGCUGACCAGGUUAUCGCUUCCUUCAAAGUUCUGGCUGGAGACAAGAACUACAUCAUGGCAGAGGAACUGCGGCGAGAGCUGCCUCCCGACCAGGCGGAAUACUGCAUUGCCCGCAUGGCACCUUACCAGGGCCCCGACGCCAUUCCCGGGGCCCUCGACUACAAGUCCUUCUCAACGGCGCUGUACGGCGAGAGCGAUCUGUGAGGAUGUGGUGGCGGCGGCAAGUGCCGGCACUUCUUAGGAAGGGA